AUGGGCGAGCCUUUUGGCCCCGCUUCCUCCCCGCUUCAGUUGCAGACUCGAUCGCAUCAAUCAUAUCGCCCAAAACGACGCACUGCCGAAGCUCGGCCCGCCCCUCGGCCUUGCGUCAAAUCCGAAUCGAACUGCAAUGCCAACAGACGGUCCGCGGCAAAUGCGAAUCGCGAUUCGCACUUCUCCGCCCGAGAAACGGCCUACGUCGUCCACGCGGCUCCGGUGCCAGGCCUGGCCUCCAAUGGCGUGCGGCCUCGUGUUUAUUCAGCAACGGGCUGUGCCUGCCAAUUCGCCUGCCGUCGGAGACCUCGCACGAGCCUACGUGGUGAGCACCGGGACCACGGCAGCUCAUCCCACGUGGUUGACGUGGUCAAACAGACUCUUUCUCUCGGAUAUCUCUCCGCUAUCGGGAGAUGGCGCGGGCUGGUUAUUACCAAACUGCAAAAACUAAACUCAAAACGGCGCAAUCAUAAGCUCACGACGGCGGUGAUGAGUCACGGACGCGCCACUCCUCCAUCUUGUAAUUGCUGGUGACGUAGGCUUUCGGUGUGACAAAUCCCUUGGUUUUGUUCAACGAUUUGUUUGCAUUGUUUGGGUUAUGAUGUGUUCCCAAGUCUUCGACCAAAUGAAAAUAUCACAUAAAAUGUGUCACUAAUAACAAACACCGUUUUAAUUAUAGAACAGAUUGAUGAAUAUACAAAAUCCUUUUAGAAGGCAUACAUGACCAUAGAUAGAACUUAUUCAAUGUGUUAUCUUAAGAUGGUUAGCCGUUCACGGAUUACCUGUACCUACAGGUGUCUCGUAAGGUGCAAUAUCAACAAUGCAGUUUCUUUAAAAUUAACUUAUAAAAAAACUAGAAUUUUGAC